GCCGCACCGGGGAAGAUAGAAGAUUACUCGGCGCUUCCGCCGCUGUACAUCGAUGUCGGCUCAUGUCAAUCAUGCAAAAAACAGAAUGUGGCUUACGCCACAAGAUUUCUGGAUUACCGAUCACAGGCCGAUCUACAUGUAUGGCGUGGCGGUUCUCAUGAAUGA